AGUUUUGUUUUUCACCUGUUUAUGUAUACAAAGAUUAUAAAUGUGGUUAUAAUAAUACUGAGACAGGCAACUUUGAUAAAAGUCGCAUAAAAGAGAAAAAUUUUGCGAUUCUCGCAACUUUAUCUGGUUUCGUUCUAAAAUUUAGAAUUUCUAAGAAGAAUCUAAAAGGAAUAAUGAUGGAAAAUAAAUUCUAUAUUUCUUUUCUUCUAUUUCUCAUUUCCUCUACAUAUCGAAGCACGUGUACGGAAACUAUUUCAAAAGAAAAGGCGCCGAAUUUCGAUGACUAUAGAAUUUCUUUGAAGAAUUAUGACAAUGAAGACAGGAAUCCUCAGGAAUUCAGCCAUCAGGGUUUCAUUCCUGGAAUGAGCAAUAUUACAUUUGCAAUUACGGACAUUCCUAAUAAUGUCUCCUUUAUUAUUUUUCAAAUUCACGCAUUUCAGCGUAAUGUCACUAUUUCUUAUAGUGAAAAAUUUGUAUUACAUACAAAGGAUAGUGUAACUGGUUCAAAUAUUGGCUUAUUUUACGAUACAAAUGGAAAUUCUUCGAUUAAUACGUACGUGAUGAAUGGAAAUAACGAUAGUGUUGAUGCACUUUUUGUUGUUUUGUCUUACACAAGUGACGCUCCAAUUCCCGGAGGAUGUAACAUGGAAUUCAAUAUCGAAAUUUCACCAUUUCAAAAAGUGUUUGUUUCAAAUUCAAUGAUUUUUGUUGAUGCACAACCUUCGUCUAAGCCUGGCAAACAAAAAGUGGCUUGCGACAAGAAUUUAGUUCAACAUGACGCUUAUCAAUUGUACCUGCCUGGUCAAGAUUUUACAAAUGAAACAUAUUUCACCUUUAUCAAGAAAUUUUUAACACCCGAAAAUAUUCUGCGAAACGGUGUAAAAAUUCCAAAAUCAUUGAUUGGAUCUUCAAUGAGAAGAGUUUAUAAUGCGUAUCCAGGAGUUGGAUCAGUUUAUGCGAUGAUAGCAACAUACAAAAAUCAGUCUUCAGCAUAUGUUCCAUCCUUUACAUACGCUUGCGAUGAUGUUUCGUUUGACGAUUGUGGAUUCAUGUUGACUAAUGGUGUUUCAAAGACACUAUGUGUAGCGAUGAUCUUUCUUGGUGUAUAUCUAAUGAUUUUUGGUCACAAAACACCAACAGGUGCACUUUUCAUUUUUGCUUCUUUGCAAGGCGGUUUAAUUGGCUACACAAUUGCCAUAAAUGCAGGAACACAAAGUGAAUCAAACACAAUGUGGAUUGCGAUUGGCAGUGGGCUUUUAUUUGCAAUUAUUUGGAACGUACUUUCCUGCUGCCUUUGCGGAAGAGCAUCGAGAAUUUUUUCCAGCGUCUUUUUAGCAUUCUUCUUCUCCUGCCUGAUCUACUAUAAAUUACCAGAUAAAGCAUUGCCAUUUGAAAACGACUACUACUUUUGGGCAUUCUUCGCCGCAUUUACAUUGUUGCUAUUUAUUAUGAUAUCAAUAACAGCUUGUCUGUCGAGUGUAUUUUGUUGUUCAAUUAUUGGUUCGUACCUUUUUAUCGUCGCUAUUGACUUUUACAUUGGAUCGAGUUUCAAGUACAUUAUUAUAAACUUUAUACGACGAGUUACUAUUUCCGGCUUUGAUGUUGCUAUUAUAAAUCCACCAUUUGGCUCCCAAGAAACUUCAUUAACUGUAUUUUGGGUUAUAUUUGCUGUGGCAUCGUUUUUAAUACAAGUACAAGUUUGUUGUCGACUUUGCUGUUGUCGACCAAAUAGUGGAUAUGAUGAAAUAACCAUACCUGUUGCUCAUAGAAGUAGUGAUGGAAAUGUUGAGUUUCUGCCAUGGCGUGACAAUUUUCGAGCUCAUCGAAGUCUUCGAAAAAUGUACAGUUAAAUCGGUUCAGAAUUUAAAAUUUAUUACUUGCAUUAUUCAUUUAUGUUUAAUUAGUUUUUAAAACAUAUGAUUAUUAUUACUUACAAAUUUUGUCUUGAAAAACAAUUCGAAAGAAAGAAUCUUUGAACGGUAAGGCUGAAAACAGGCUGAAAACAUAUUUGUUAACUACUAGAAUUAUAAAUAAAUAUUUUUAUAAGACGGAA